GGGAGAGAGGAAAAAGAUUGAAAAGACAAAAAAUUGAGAUUAGACUCUUAGCUACCCUCAUCUUUACCAUUACAUAACUAUACUUAUGUCUAGACAUCUUCAAUAUUUUUUUAUUGAGGUGAAAUUCACAUAAAGUCACUUAAAAAUGUAAAAUUCAGUAGCAUUUAGUACAUUCACAAUAUCAUGUACCACCUGUAUCUAAUUCCAAAACAUUUUAAUUACCCACCUCAAAAAACCCAUAUCCAGUAGGGAGUCCAUCCCUUCCACCCCCACCAUCCCUAACCAUGGACAAUCAGCAGUCAGCUUUCUUUCUCUAUGGAUUUACCUAUUCUGGAUAUAGUUCAUAUAAAUGGUUUUUAUACAAUAUGUGACAUUUUGUGUCUGGCUUCUUUCACUUAACGUAGUGUUUUUUGAUAUUCAUGCAUUGUAGCAUGUGUCAGUACUUCAUUCAUUUUUUAUGGCUGAGUAAUCGUCCAUACAUUUUGUUUAUUCAUUUCUCUGUUGAUGGACAUUUGUGUUGUCUCCAUCUUUGGUUUUUAUGAAUAGCACUAUGAAUAUUCAUAUGCUAGUUUUUGUUUGAACAUUUCAAUUCUUUUCAAUUCAGUUCAAAAGGUUUUCAGUUCUUUCUGGUAUAUACCUAGGAGUGGAUUACUGAGCCAUAUGGUAAUUUUAUGUUUAACUUGACAAAGAACUACCAUUUUCCACAUAGGUGCACCAUUUUAUAUUUCUACCAGCAGCACAUGAGGGUUCCACUUUCUACAACACUUGUUAUUUUUCCACUUUUUAAAUUAUAGCCAUCCUAGUAGAUAUGAGUGCUAUAUCAUUGUAGUUUAGAUUUGCAUUUCUCUAGUUACUAAUGAUGCUGAAUGUCAUUUCAUAUGCUUAUUAAUAGCUAUUAGCAUAUCUUUGAAGAAAUGUCUGUUCAUGCCCUUUCCCCAUUUUUAAAUUGUGCUGUCUUUUUUGUUGUUGAGUUGAAUGAGUUCUUUAUAUAUUCUGGAUACUAGACCCUUAUCCGGUAUAUGAUUUGCAGAUAUUUUCUCUCUUCCAAUAUUUACUUUUCCUACUAUGUUCUGAAAGUCAUUUCUUCUUCUGAAAGAUCUUGGCAGUAAAUGUAUUGCUAUGUCCUUGCCACUUAGUGAUUCCUUAGGACCUUCAAAAUGGUCAUUAUAAAAGACACUUCAUGUUUCUUAAACUGGGUGGUAGGUAUAUGGGGUGUCCCAUUUUAUUUACACAUUUUAUUAUUAUUCAUAUAUAGAUAUGUUCACUUUUGUGUAUAUACAUAUAUAUAAGACAAAAAAUUAAAGGCUUGACAAUGCGGCUUCCCCACAUUACUACUCCGUUCUAGUAUUCCUGUCCUUUGCUGACAUACCUCUAGAGUGAGUGGUCUGUAUUUUAUCCACAACUAGUGCUUCUUUUAGCCCUCGCAAUACAAUUUUGUCCAUUCUGAAAUAAUGACACCUUUGAGUCUCUGCCCCACCUCCAUCUUUAUUUUCUUUUCAGGCGAAGUCACUCAUGACUCACCUAGCUGCAUUCUGCAGAUGACUCUUCAUUCUGCGUCUCCAAACCUAAGCCCUAAGUGCUGGAAUUAUUUCAAUAGCCCCUCUCUUGGUCCACUUCCUCUCCGUUCCUUGAGAGAGAAUGUAAAUCUUUAAAAAGUGCAAUGUGGUGAAAUGUAGUGCUAGAAAAGAAAGAUAACUGGUAGUGUUGUGGAAGAUGAAAUGGAGAAGAGAGGGUGUCGGCAUCAGGCGAUGAUGCCCUCAAUUGUGGCAAAGGCGAUGGACAAGAAUGUAAAAGCGUGAAGUCCACUGGUGACCAAUUAGAGCUGAAAGGGCUUACAUUUAACAUCCGGUAUUCUGCUCCGAAUAAAUUUAGUACGUCGAGUGAAUUUUUGCGAAACGAGCCAUACCCGUGCUUCUUUAAGAACUGUCAUGCUCGCAGCGAGCCAACCAGCCUCCACCAUCCAGAUGGCGAAUCCCAGAUUGGCCGCCGGAGUGUUAUGGAGCAGGUCUCUCUAGCUGCCAUCUCUAUGGUUCGCGGAAUCUCCGGGUCCGGGCUUGACCGGACCGGCGUUUGCGCGUGCGCGAGCCUAGGCGCGUGCCCGCCCUCCCGCAAGUGCCCAAAACCCGGGGUGGGAGGGGCGGGUCUGGGAACGUUGCGGCGGCGGCCGCCGCGGCCCCAGCACCCAGGGCCGUUCCCGGGCCGAGCCUGCGCCGGGGAGUCCCGCCGCCCCCUCGGGCGGCGCUCACCCGGCCCCAGAUGGUGGGUCCGGAGGAUGCGGGAGCCUGCUCGGGAAGGAAUCCCAAGUUACUCCCUAUGCCGGUGCCCGAGCCCAUAGGCCAGGACGGGAAGAUGAUCCGGGCCACGGGCGGCUUUGGCGGAGGCGUCGGCGCUGUGGAUCCGCAGGAGGAGGAGGAGGAGGAGGAGGAGACGCCGCCUCAGCAGCUCCUUCGGCAUUACCUCGCGGCGGCCGGAGGGCAGCUGGAGCCACGGUUGUACUUCUGUCCGCUCUCCGCCUGCCAGACUCGCGCCCCGCCGCCCUCAGACGCUUGCCCGCCGGACUCUGCUGCCUCCAAGCACCAAAGCGCGGAAGCGGCGGAUGCCUGCGCGCCGCGGCACAGAGGCAUGACCAACGGGGACUCGGACUUUCUGCCCGGCCAGGACUGUCGCGAUUCGGAGGAAGCUCGCGGGCUGGCCCGAGCCGGCGGCCGGGAUCCGCGCCACCGCCGCCUCUGCCUGGAGGGGCCUGGCGACGAGGGCGCAGACGGUGCGGGUAGCCCGUCCGACUGGGCCGCGGCACUCGAGGACCCGCUGCGGAGCUGCUGCUUGGUGGCGGCGGACCCCAAAAAGCCAGAAGGCGCGGACAGCGGCUCGGGGGGCAGUCCAGCCAGCGGUGGCAGCAGCAACGACGACUUGGAGCGGCGGGGAGCCGGCGCAGAGGGUCCCGAGGAGGGUGCGUCCCCCGCCGCCUCGGUCGGGAGGACUUGCGGGUCCGCGGGCGCGGAGCCUCUGCUCGGCUUCUCCGACGUUCACUUGAACUCUCGGAACACGUUCGAGGUGAGCCGCUGCCAGAGCGCCCGCGACCACCUGCCCCCGGCGGGGCCGCCGGUGCCCUUGCCCGCCGCGGAGCAGGGCCCCGCGGGGAACUCGGCCAGGGCUCGACGGAGCGGCGGCCUCGCCGAUUUCUUCGCCAGAAGCCUUUUCCCAAAAAGGACAAAGGAACUCAAAUCAGUUGUUCAUAGUGCUCCUGGUUGGAAAUUGUUUGGUAAAGUCCCUCCCAGAGAGAAUCUUCAGAAAGCUUCCAAAAUCAUCCAGCAGGAAUAUGAAGCACGGACAGGGAGAACCUGUAAACCACCACCUCAGUCUUCAAGACGUAAGAAUAUUGAAUUUGAGCCACUUUCUACUACUGCCUUGAUUCUUGAGGAUCGACCAUCAAAUCUUCCUGCAAAAUCCAUGGAAGAAGCUUCACGUCACAGACAAGAAUAUGAUGAGAUGGUGGCUGAGGCUAAAAAACGAGAAAUCAAAGAAGCACAUAGAAGAAAAAAGAUAAUGAAAGAACGAUUUAAACAAGAAGAAAAUAUUGCAAGUGCAAUGGUAAUUUGGAUCAAUGAAAUACUGCCCAAUUGGGAAGUAAUGCGUAGUACAAGAAGAGUUCGAGAAUUGUGGUGGCAGGGAUUGCCCCCUAGUGUUCGUGGGAAAGUUUGGAGUCUAGCUGUAGGAAAUGAACUAAAUAUCACUCCUGAACUCUAUGAAAUCUUCCUCUCAAGAGCAAAAGAACGCUGGAAAAGCUUCAGUGAAACAAGUUCAGAGAAUGAUACUGAAGGUAUAUCUGUUGCUGAUCGGGAGGCCAGUCUGGAAUUAAUUAAAUUGGACAUAUCCCGUACAUUUCCAUCUCUCUACAUCUUCCAGAAGGGUGGCCCAUAUCAUGAUGUCUUACAUAGUAUUUUAGGGGCAUAUACAUGUUACAGGCCUGACGUUGGUUAUGUCCAAGGGAUGUCCUUCAUAGCAGCAGUUCUCAUUCUCAAUUUGGAAGAGGCAGAUGCCUUCAUUGCAUUUGCAAAUCUCCUGAAUAAGCCAUGUCAGUUGGCUUUCUUCCGUGUGGAUCACAGCAUGAUGUUGAAAUAUUUUGCAACAUUUGAAAUAUUUUUUGAAGAAAAUCUCUCCAAACUAUUUCUUCAUUUCAAAUCUUACAGUCUUACACCAGACAUCUACUUGAUAGACUGGAUCUUCACAUUAUAUAGCAAAUCACUACCACUUGAUCUAGCCUGUCGAGUCUGGGAUGUAUUUUGCAGAGAUGGGGAGGAAUUUUUAUUUAGGACUGGAUUAGGAAUCCUUCGAUUGUAUGAAGAUAUUCUCCUACAGAUGGACUUUAUUCAUAUAGCACAGUUUCUAACUAAAUUACCGGAAGAUAUCACAUCAGAAAAGCUGUUCAGCUGUAUUGCAGCCAUUCAGAUGCAGAAUAGCACCAAAAAAUGGACUCAGGUCUUUGCAUCUGUAAUGAAGGAUAUUAAAGAAGGAGUCAAGAAUAAUAGUCCUGCUCUGAAAAGCUAAUCUUCAAAAUUAACAGACUAAUUUAAUAUAAGAAAUGUCUUUUUGAUAAAUUGUUUGUUUCUAUGUAAAAAGCAUGGAAGAAAAUGUUGGAGAAAUCUAAAUCAAGACAUGGAAAACUGCUGAUUUUGAAUUCCAUGGUUGAAGUACAUGAAAUGAGUAACCUAUUGACAGUAUUAAUAGAAAAGUAUUUUGUAGGGAGAGCCAUUUUACAAAGGUAACUGUUUAAAUGGCUAGUUAAUACUCCAUAAUAUGGAGUGAACAGGUUCAUGCAAUAAAAAAAUUUUUAAUAGCUUUGGAGAUACUUCAAAAUUUUACAACUUUUCUUUUUUUUUAACAGUUACCAUAAAAGCUCUUUGGAGGUCAGAGCAGGAUUUUAAAUACUACUUUAACUUCCAAACUACCAUUCGAAUUAAAAACCUUAGUACAGAUUUGAUCUCCAGUUCCAACCUUUUGAUGAUAUUAUAGACCAUGAAUAAGAAACUUUGAUUAUAAAUUAUUUGUUACUGAAGUUGUCAUUCAUCUUCAUUCACAGGUUGGGCAAAUUUGGGCUAUCUGGGAACUAGAAAUACUGGUGGGAGAUUGUUUAGCAUUUGUUUAGGUGUUUUUCCACAGUAUCAUGUCUAUUUGCUGAAGGGAAUUUUUUUCCUUAGGGAAUUCCUAUCACUCAAAGAAUUUUAAAGUUUCUGUUUCUAGUCUAAGAAAUUGUUCAUUUAGUAAUUUAAGAAAGCUAACUGGUAAAAGAAAAGUUCUUUGCACUUUAGUGGACUUCAGACUUGAUUUGGGGGAGUAAGCCCAUAAAUAUGAAUGAAGUGUUUCACUGGUAAGAAUUAAAAGUAUGAAUUCUGAGAGUUCUUAAACAGCAUGCUACUUGGCAAGACUUAAAUUUUUUUAGUUAAAAUUUCUUCAUUGUAGAAACAAAAUUUGUUAAUUCCAGUUUAAAGACUGAAUUCUUAAUAUGUAGCCAAGUCUAUGACUUGUAAAGCACUGUGCAUAAUUUCUAAUCAAUGGAAAUAAGAGUAAAGAAAAAGAAAAAAUUAACUUUUUUCUAAUGAGUCUACCUUUGAUGGCAUAUGGGUAAAGAUAUUAAUUAUUGGUAAAUUGAAAAUAAAUUUAUUAUAAUUCUUGAACCUAAAAUAAAUCACUUAGGUAUUGUGAGAGAUAUCUCUAUAACAUGCUAUUUGGUUAAUAAUUCUAGUUAUAGUAUGCUUUUAUGUUGUAGUUUGCUUUGAAACAACAUUUAAGCACACUAUUUCUGUUAGUGGUAUAUAGUUUCCAACUAACAAGCCUGAGAACCUUGUUAGUGUAGUGACUGCUCUUUAAGAGUAUGGGACCAGAUGGUGCCCAUAUAUUUUUACCCCAUGGGUCAUUCUAGCCUAGGGACCACUAGUGGAACCCUCAGAGUUAACUUCUGUCAUAGGAGCUUGCUUAGUGGAAACUGGUAGUGUAAUAAAAUACUGAGGGAGUGCCCAGGGUCUCAAUGGGAUUUAGAAUGACAUUUUUCACUCUGGUAACUACUCCUUGGUAUUGGUGGCCCCGACAGAGGGAACGUAACCCCGGCAGUAAUCUCAAUUGAGAUUAUACUACCUGCUUAAAUUUAAUCUUACUUUGAUGUAUUUGUUUCCUGAGCUGGACUUAAGUUACUGUAUUUCUUUUUCUCAUUUUUAUUAUUGUACAGUUUCUUUACCUUUCAAGUAUAAAUGUGUAUAUAAAAUGUAAAUAUAAGGAAUUCACUAAAAACCACUAUUAAAACAAUUACUGUGUAAAUAAAACUUGUAAGCAGAGUAAUUACUUGAAAUGAGUUUUCAUUACUUUGGGGAUACCUGAGUUUUUUGUUGUUUUUUUUACCACAUUGGAGAAAAAAAGGGAUAAACUUAUUUUGCCAGAUUUCUCUUCCAAGGGAUGUACCAUGCCUUCAGCCUCUUGAGGUUGACAUUACUGGCAGCUAAAAUACUGUACUGUAUCGUCCCUUGAGCCUCUUAUACAGACAGUAUAGGUAGGAUUAUUUACAUGAUCAGUGCAUGAGUUUUUUAGUUAAAAAGUAUAUCUUCAAUUUAAAAAAUAACUUCUUAAAUUUCACAUUUUAAUAGCGUUUCAUUUGUUUUUCUACUUAAUAUGUAUAUUUCUCACUUUAUUGUCCUUUUAGCCCAGGUCUACAUUACAUUUUUUAAGUGCUACUAGAAAAGUCAAGUAACUACAUAGUUUUAUAAAAUCAUUGAGCAUUGUCAAAGUUUUUGCUGAUUUUUUUUUGCAUUAAUGACCUUCAUAUAAUGUUACUAGUUUGAGUAUAUUUGACUUUUACAAAAUUAGGUAGCAUUUGCAAAGGGGUAUUGAAAUUCUCAAAGCCUCUGAUUUUAGGAUAACAGCUUUCAUUGUAGCUGUGAAACUAAUGCUAUUUUUAUCUAGAACGUCAACUUUUUGUGUCUGUACUGUUGGAGGGUAUAAUUCUAAUGUACAUAAUCAUGGAAUUUAUCUUCACAGUGCCACAUUAUUUUGAUUUUUCAUUAUUUCUGUUUGGAUAAAAUUGUCUUGUAUUCCAUAAGCAUAUUUAGACAGUAGAGACUGGUAUAUAAGAAGCAGAAAACGUGUGAAGUAGCAUUGGAAAAUCCGAUUUUAAUUUGCCAUGACUAGUUGAUAUAAUGACUUGUUGACAGAAAAUUGUCUUACUUCUAGGGGUAAAGGAGAUUUUUUUCAUUGAAUUCAUAUUAUUUUGAUGUUGUCAAAGCAGUGUUCAAAAUAUGAAUUCCCAAAUGUAGUAAAACUUCAUUAACUAGAACUUUACUGCUUCACAACAUGUAAAAAUGAAAAUUAAAUAGAAGUUUUAAAGAAGAUUUCAAGGAAACAACCCACUUAAGAGAGAAAAGAAAACCUUGCCCUUUAAAAAUAUUAUUUGCUUACUAACAUCAUAAUUGCAGUAGAACUGAGCUACUUAGUACUUUAAUUGCAAAUCCCUGAUUAUGUGCCAAGCACUGCCUCUCAAUAGUUUUACAGGCAAAAUAAAGUUACUAGGCUUGGGAAGUUAGCAAAAUUGCAUUUCUUUCCAAACAUUUUGGUAUUCAUAUUGAUUUUCCCUUGAUUCCAAUUAAUGAGGUUUUACUAUCUGCAUUUCAUUUUAUGAGUUGGGUUUAUUUUCUAAUAAACACCAGGAAGUAAGUUUGACUUUAAAAAUUGCAUUGCAAAAGUGUUGCAUUUGUUGAACAUUUAAGUAAACAGUACUUUCAUGAUUUUAUUUAAGGUAAAAUGACUUUUGUACUAUUGUAUUUGGAGAAUCAUUUUUUGUGAAAAUGUAAAGGAUAAACUAAUACAAGUUGGGAGAAGUAUAUAAAAUUGGCCACAAUGUUUUAUAUAUAUAUAUAUAUAUAUAUGUUCCCAUUUUUCAUCUUUAGGCAUAAUAUUGUACACAAUGGUAUAAUAAAAGCAGAAAGUGAAGCUUCAAAUUUUCCUGGUCUAGGCAAUAUUGAUGUUUUAUGUAGAUGAUGAAUUCUGAUUAUCACAUAAAUCUUAAGGCUUUUAAUUUUAGCAUCUAUAUCCUUAAGAAACUUUGAAAGGGAAAUAUUUACUUGAUUAAAAUCUUUGUAGAUUGUAAAAGGCUUUGAAUUCCUGUGUUUGGACUUUAAAGGUGAGAACAUAAAUUGGAAAGUGUUUGAAUUAUAGGUUUUAUUCUUUCUUAAGUUAUACCAAGUGAUUAAAUAAAUUGUUCUGCAAUAAGGUAAUUUCUCAUUA